CGAGCGCGUUCCCGUUUUCUGCUGCGCACAGACAGCCGGUGCGGAGAGACGGUGAGGGAGGAGAGGCUGCUAUUACUAGUGACAGGAACGGCAGCGAGCACAUACAGUCUGGAGAGCAGCUGAUGCGACAAGAUGCUGAGCGUCGCCUUGCUGUGUGUGUGCGCCGUCGCCUUUGGACACGUCUCCGCUCGCUCCGAGAGCGGCAAUUUUCUGGAUGAUAAGUGGCUCACGGGGAAAUGGGAUAAAUUCAGAGAUGAAGUUGAGGAGCCUGGAACAUGGACUCCAUCCAAGCCCUUUGAUCAAGGCCUUGAUCCAGCCAAAGACCCUUGUCUGAAAAUCAAAUGCAGUCGCCACAAGGUGUGUGUGGCUGAGGAUUUUAAGACUGCCACUUGUGUCAGCCAGAGGCGAGUUAGCUUUAAAGAUGCCAAUCUGUACCAGAGUCCAGGGUCAAAGUGCACACCGUGCCCCGUGGUUCACCCCUCGCCUGUAUGUGGAAGUGAUGGCCACACCUACUCCACCAAGUGUAAGUUAGACUACCAAGCAUGCAUCACGGGAAAGAAGAUUACUGUGAAGUGCCCUGGCAUGUGUCCUUGUCCCUCUCAGCUUGAACAGAGCUCCGCAGAGAAGAAAGUGUGCAGCGAGUCGGAGCUGAAGGAGGUGGUGAGCCGCCUGAGAGACUGGUUCAGAGUGCUGCAUGAGAAUGGCAACCACAAGAGGGUCAAGAUCCAGAAGCCAGAGAAGAACAAGUUUGAAGUUGGGACAUCAGCUAUUUGUAAGGACCCCCUGGGUUGGAUGUUCUCCCGGCUGGACACUAACUUUGACCUACAGCUGGACCAAUCAGAGAUCAGGAGCCUCUAUCUGGACAGGAAUGAGCCCUGCUCAGAUGCUUUCUUCAAAUCUUGCGAUAUAAACGCAGACAAAUUUAUAACCAGCUCUGAGUGGUGCACAGGCUUCCAGAGGUACACAGAUUCCCCAUGCAAAGCAGAGCUGUCCAUUAUCAACAAAAAGCAAGCAGGCAAGAAGUUACUCGGUCAGUAUUUGCCAUCUUGUGAUGAGGAAGGUUACUAUCGGACCCACCAGUGUCACAGCAGCAGCGGCCAGUGCUGGUGUGUGGAUCGCUAUGGCAACGAGGUGGCUGGCUCACGCACUCAUGGCCCUGCAGACUGCGGUGUGAUUUUGGAAUCUUCCGGAGACCUUGGCAGUGGAGACUCGCUGUUCACUGAUGACGAUGAAGACUCGUUUGUCCUCAAUGACCAGACCGGUAUGGAUGAUGAGGACAUUGAAGAUGAGGAUGAUGAUGACGACGACGAAUACCUGUCAUAAAUUUAAAAAACAAGAAAAAAAAGAAAAAAAAAAAGAGAAAACUGUUUGUUUGGUCAAACUGCACGUUUCUAGGUGACUCCCCGGGCAGAUACUUAAUCGUAAUAACAGCCUAUGGACUAUUCUCUGUGUAUUGUUUGUUCAUAAGUUAGAAAAAAAAAUCAGUAUUCCUGGAAAAAUGUUUAUGAUUUCUGUUCCUGUUUAAGUAUAAAAUAUGAGUGGUUCAUGGCACUUGUUCACUUGUGUGUCAGCCAACCAGAGAAUAUUAUAAGGACUAAUCGAUAACCAAUCCACUGCGUUGGAUUUGGUCACAUGUGCAAAGACCUUUCCCUUCAUUGGACAGUCCGUGUCCUCCAGUCUGUGUCCUGUCUUUGUGCACCACUCCGAUGCCCGAGUGUGUUGAUGCCAAAGGCACAAUGUUAAAGAGAUUCCCCCCCCCCCCCCCCCCCCCCCCCAUUCUUCAUUCCUCCAUCUUCUCCCCUGCACCCACCUCUUUAAUCCUUAUCAAAUGUUCCUGUUGUAUAGGUGGGAUGUUGAUGAUGUAGAUAAGAGAAUAUUGCACUCUUUAGGUUUCUUUUGAUCUUGAUUUGUAACUGUGACUGUAACUGUGUGGAAAAACAAGAUAAGAGUUAGACAUGCUUCAUUAGGAGAAUUAAGGCAAAAAAUAAAACCAACAAAAAAUGCCAGUUGGAUAACAAUCAGAAGCGACGUGCUAGCUGUUUUCAAUGAGACACAAAUCAAAUGCUCAGCAACAAGGAAAGACAAAUUACUAUGUGGCCGGUGGUGGUGUUGGUGGGGUAUUACUGUUAUCUGGUUUCUGAUCCACUUUAGGAUGAAUACAGAAGAUGAAGCAGAUUUGUCUUAGCAUGUCCAAUACUGCGUGAUGUUGUUUUUAUUGAACCCGAGGCCAAACCUUUGAGGAAUUCAAAAAAAGUUGUAAAGUGGUUCAGCCACAAAUCCAUGUAAUUAAAACAUGUUUAUUGACCUUUAAUGGGUUGAUGAGCACAAAGAAAACUGCUGAAAAAUUCUUUAAAAGAUAGCGUGCAGUUGAUGUUUUUGCAUUUUCAGAUACGAGUCUCUGACUUAACGUGUUAGCACACAGAGUAACAGAACAAGUCUCCUGCACAGCAGUAACAACGUAGAUCCAUGCAGGUCUGAUGACAUGAUAUGUUGGGCGAAGGUUAAAGGGGAAAGGUGUGCCUUGUAGUGGUGGUCGAAGUCGGGGAAGCAUGCUUUCUGGACUGACUUAAACGCACCGUUACACUGCAUAAGAGCGGCUUCACUGUUAAGCCUGUAUACUACUUGGACUUUGGUCUGGCAUGUGUUUUGGGUCUCUCUUAUGAUGGUGUUACUUAGGCCAUACUUCAGAUUUUCUGAUUUGUUACAUAGGAUAGCUAGAAUGUAGAUAAGCACAGAGAUGCUUAGCAGUUAAGGCGUAAAAACACUUAGAUUCUGCUGGUUUUGAAAAUGUUUUAUAUAUUAUACACUGGCUAGAGGAAGCUUUGGUUUAGACAGCUUUAUAUGAGAAGACAAUGUUCAUCUUACAGUGUUUGCUUUUACUUUGUUUCAAAAGCUUAAUUUGUAUCUGAUCUGCUCUAAACUACUUAUUGUGUGUCAGGGUUGAAAACUGAAUCUGAUCCCAGAUGUGUAUUGUCGAUAAGUCACGUGACUGUCUAUGCAGACCCGGGAUCACCUAAGCUCCUAUGUUAAUUUUUAUUGAUUAGUCUGCCAUUUGGCUUCAUUUUGGAUCAAAUAUCUGUUGAAAUUCCAUGUUAACACAUUAAAAGUGCCAUGUAACUGUUUUUUUUUUCUCCAUCUCUAACUUUUGUUUUUUGCUCUCCUCAUUCGCUCUAACAUGGAAUUUCAAUUCACUUUAUGAACCUGGAAAGCAUUUCGGUCUUAAAGUGUGCCGUUUCAUGAGUGUAACAACUUGCAAAUCAUUUUGAUGACCUCAGACACUGUAGACACUCUCAACCAAUCACACACUGUCAUCACAGCUCUGAUAGUGUUUAAAGGUUAUGAUACAGAUGCAUUUUUUUACAGUCUAUGUAUGAUUUGCUGAAAUAAAAACUAUAUUGACCAAUUUUGUCAUCAUCA